UCACCCACCACCGAUCAGACCGCGCACAUGGGGUUGAGUUUCUUCUCCCGGAUUAUUACCUGACUCUUAUUAGGAUGUUUCCGUUUACUGGUGGAUUUUGCACAUGAUCCCUGCUUGUGUGUGGAGGAAACAGCGUUAUGUGCAGUUUGCGCGCUCUUGUUGCGGGUGGCGUUCUUGCGUAAUAAUUGUUUUGAUCAGCAAGGGACGACCGACGACGCAACACGCGAGAACCUCGGUCAUUAAAAGAAGUGUGCGUUUACUCAUGCCCGAGGAGUGGAUGGUCGGGGGAGAAAACCCCGAUCUGACAGUUGGAGCGAUCCCGGGAGCGAAGGAGGGGGUUUGCGGGCCCAGAGGCUGGAGGCUGGAGCCGAGCGCCGCCCUCGAACCGAGCGUCUGAACUUUGGCACAUAUUUCAGAGACGAUCCGAACAGUUUCCUCCACCCCUGGUUCUGCUCCCCACUAACAUGUACAUGUGGCUGACGGCUGUGGCCGGCCUUGCCGUGCUGGUCGUGUCCUACAUCAGGAACUUUUAUCCUUAUUUUGGAGAGGAUUGUGCCUACAUCCUGAAGAGCCUCCGGCUGGGUUUAAGACUGAUCAGGUACAAGAGGUCCAGACCAUUCUACAGCAUCCUGGACCGCUUCCUGGACGCAGUGAGGACUCACCCCACCAAGACCUUUAUCCACUUUGAGGGUCGAGCCUACUCUUACGCGGAGGUGGACAAACGGAGCAAUAAGGUGGCCAGAGCCUUGCAGGCUGAAGCCCGGCUGAAGCAGGGAGACACCGUGGCUCUGUUUCUGCCCAACGAGCCCAGCGUCGUGUGGGUUUGGCUCGGUUUAGCCAAACUGGGCUGCCCGGCUGCUCUGCUAAACUUUAACAUAAGGUCCAAAUCUCUGCUGCACUGUUUCUCCUGCUGUGGAGCCAGAGUGAUCAUCACUUCUCCAGAGUUGCAAGAAUCUGUGGAGGAGGUCCUGCCAACGCUGAAGGAGGAGGGUAUCCGCGUGUACCUGCUGUCUGAUAGCUGCAGUGCAGAAGGCAUCAGCUGUUUGUCCAACGAGAUCGAUAAGGCCUCGGAUGAGCCGCUGUCCAAGGACCUGAGGUCCAACAUCCACGUCAGGAGUACCGCUCUGUACAUCUACACAUCUGGAACCACAGGUUUGCCUAAAGCAGCCGUUGUGACCCACGAGCGGGUUUGGGCCGCCUCCUUCGUCCAGGCAGCAUGUGGCUCUACAGCAGAGGACAUCUUUUACAUCAAUCUGCCGCUCUAUCACAGCGCGGGCUUCCUCAUUGGGAUGAUUGGAGCCAUCGAGAGAGGCAUGACCACCGUCCUGAGGAGAAAGUUCUCUGCCUCUCAGUUCUGGGACGACUGCAGGAAGUACGAUGUAACAGUGAUGCAGUACAUCGGUGAAACUCUACGUUAUCUCUGCAACUCGCCCAAGAAAGAAAAUGAGAAGAAUCACAAAGUGAGAAUCGCGAUUGGCAACGGAGUGCGUAGUGACGUCUGGACAGAGUUUCUGAAUCGAUUCGGGGACAUCAAAGUCAGAGAGCUCUACGCUGCCACAGAGGGAAACAUCGGCUUCAUCAAUUACACCUCCAAGAUCGGUGCGGUGGGGCGUGUUAACUUUGUGCACAAGUUUUUCUUCCCUUUCACACUGAUCAAGUUUGACAUCGAUAAGGAGGAGCCAGUCAGAAACUCUGAGGGUCUCUGCAUCGAAGCAGGCACAGGUGAAACAGGACUUUUGGUUGGAAAGAUAACCCAGAGGUCUCCGUUUAUUGGCUAUGCUGGCAACAAGCAGCAGACCGAGAAGAAGAGGCUUCCUGACGUGUUAAAGAAAGGAGAUCUGUACUUCAACAGCGGCGACUUGCUUCGGUUCGACCACGAAAACUUUGUGUAUUUUCAGGAUCGAGUUGGUGACACUUUCAGGUGGAAAGGUGAGAACGUCGCCACGUCAGAGGUUGCCGACAUAGUGAUGAUGGCUCAGUGCAUCUUGGAAGCAAAUGUUUACGGGGUUAAAGUUGAAGGUCACGAGGGGCGGAUUGGCAUGGCAGCAGCCACUCUGAGGGAAGGAGAGAACUUCAACUGCACAGACGUCUACAAUCAGGUCGUCAACUACCUGCCAGCUUAUGCAAGACCCAGAUUUAUUCGAAUUCAGCCCUGCUUGGAGAUGACGGGAACAUUCAAGAUGAAGAAAGUGAAGCUGGUGGAGGAGGGAUUCAAUCCUGCUCUCAUUAGAGAUACGUUAUACUUUCUGGAUUCAGAGACAAAGACUUACAUUCCUCUAACAGAUGAGAUCUACGAGGCCAUCAUUUCGAUGGAAAUCAAACUCUAACAUGAGCUUAAGUUCUACAUAAAAGCUUGUGUUUGUUGGUUUUAAUUUAAGACACAACAGCUCUUAAUAAUCCACUAAUCUCAGGGACAAACUCAAAAACACAUCAUGUUUGAAGAGACUAUUUUUACUUACACAACUGUCACAGCUUUAUUUGAACCACUUCUUUAAUAAAAAACAUGUCUGUCUUCUCUUAAGGAUGUCAGCAAUUUAUCAGUUUACCUGUUUUAUCCUGUUAAAAUGACUGAGUCAAGUGUUCAAUGGUGAUGAGGGUUUUGUUUUAUAUCAACAAUAAAAUGAAGUGGAAAUGGA